AUGGGAAAAGAGAGUGAAUUGCUAUAUGGUAACUAUAAACAUAUAGUACUCUGUUUCAAAACGUUCUCACGUAAUGAAACCAAAUAUGGGUGCUGUUUUGUAGCUCUUUUCCUGGAGUUACUUGCCAUUGCAACCAUCAAAGUCAGCUUCUGCAAUGGAAGCUCUUUUGUGGGUUGCAUAGAAAGUGAGAGAGAAGCACUUUUAAGAUUCAAACAUGACCUGAUAGAUCCCAACAACCGGCUUGACUCUUGGAGAGGUGAUGGAGAUUGUUGUGCAUGGCCUGGUGUUGUCUGUGGCAACUUGACAGGCCAUGUCCUUGAGCUCAACCUUGGAAAUCCUGCAUUGAAAGACUAUGCAUCUGAUGUUGAAUAUGAUGCUUAUGAGAGGUCAAAGUUGAGCGGGGAUGGUUCCUCACCAACUUGGAAAUCUCUCCAAUCUGCAGUAUCUUGACCUCGGUCGCAACCCC